AUGGCAUUCAACCCAAGUAGUAUAAAUUUAGAAGUCCUUUUUAACAGCAAAGAAAAAGCAGAAAAUUUUAUUAAAAAGUUUGCUGAUGGAUAUAAACAAAUUAUGAGUUAUUACUUGAACUUGAAAGAAAAUAGGUCUACUAAAAAUCGGCUUAAUUCACCCAAUCCAAUACAGAAUUAUUAUGGUUUGAAACAUCUUUAUGAAAGUAAAAUUAUUCCUGAUGUCGAGAUACGAAUUAGAAAAAAAAUAGAAAGUAAAAAUCCAGGUCUUUCGAAAGCACAAAUUAAUUUAAUUUUUGGUCAGGAAAAGGGGACUAAUAUAGAGUUUUUGCGUAAAAAUUUGGAAUACACUAGGAUUUCUGCGGCUUUUAAUGCUAUAAAACCAAAUGGCGAAUUAGAGAGCGAUAUUCCUAAUGGUUUCGGAAUAGGUAAGGCAACCUGUGGCACUUGUGGAAAGGACAAAGGGGAUGAAGAAGAAGAUAGUUAUAACUCUGACUCGGGAAGUCCUCCAAAAACUAACAAUUGCUUUUUCUGCCGGCAGCAAUAUCGGUAUGGAGUUUAUUUUGAGGAUAAUCCGGGGAUGGAAAAAGAAAACUUUAUUAAGCAGGUUAAUAGUUCAGAUCCUAUGCAAUUUAGAAAUAUUUUUAAGCAAGUUAAACAGUUAUUAAAUAGUAAGAAACGAAAAUCAGAAGAAGACCAAACCAGUGGAAAAGGAGAAGAAAGUGGAAAAAAUAAUUCCAGCGAUAAUGACAACUCAAACACAGUAAUUCCUGAAUCUAACUCCAACAAUAACUCACCUAACCUUCCCGAACCCCAAAAUGACAACCAGCCAGUAACUAACAACUUACCCACCGAUAUUCAAGCAAUUGCUAAUCUUCCCCUCCCCCAAGCCCAAAUCAAAGCCGAACAAGAAAUUGAAAAAUUACUAAAAGAUAAUGCUCUCUCUGAUCAAGAAUUAGACACCAAAAACUUGUUAGAUACUCCGCAAAAGGUGGCCGAAUUUACCAAUCAAAUGCGGCAAGCCAUUUUGAAAAAGGCUUUAACUAAGAAAAAUUCAACCAAGGGAGAAGGAAAACCUCAGGAUAUGGGUUUAGUAAAACCAAUCGCCAUCUUAGUCCUUUUACUCUUAGUCCUAACCACCCUACUCAUAAUUGUUCGCAAGAGAAGAAUGAGGAGGGUUUAA